CCCCGCUGCACUUGUUGUCAUGGCUUGAACUUGAUGUGCCGCGAUGCACCUGUGCGCCCACUGCUCCUUCAACGGAGAGCGGGGCUUAUGCGAACGAAUCGGUGGCCACCAUGCCCCGUACUGCCCGAGAUUCAGGGCGACUUGCAAAUUCUGCAACUGCGUGGGCAGCUAUGACUGCAUCAUGAAGGAGCACGGGCUCCAUGAGAAUUUCUGCCCGCGGUUCCGAGGUCAAUGCAAGUUCUGCGGCAUCAUCGGCUCCUACGAGCAGGUGGCCGACGUCAGCCCCUUCCACAAGUGGUUCUGCGAGAGAGCCUCACCCAGGUGUCGUUGCGGCGCGGAGCUGGCGGUGCCGGGGGGGCACCACAAGGUGACCUGCUCCCUGUUCCGCGGAGAAUGCAAGCACUGCCAGUUGGUGGGCCCCAGCUGGUAUGUGACCACCGCCGGCCCGCAGCAUGAUGAGGAAUGCCCACGCCGGUGGAGCUCAUUUGAGCCUGCCCGCGCCAUUCACUUCAGUCCGCUUUAGCAUGUCCCAAAGGCAGGGCAUGCGCGCUGGGCUUUCAGUUGGUGGGAACUCAAGCCGGGGAGCCACUUGCUGAAAACCCGGGGAAAAUGAAGGCUACUGCGGCCGGAUUCUUAAUUCCUUGCAUGGUUCUGGGGACAAAAAUCGGGAAGCAAACACGGAACCAUGUAGGAUGUGCCUCAUUGUGGGCGAUGCCCGUGUUUUGCUCCUCUCCAAAGGAGAGCAGCCAGAAAUGCGUGCCAAAGUGCUGCCGUCU